AUGCCAGGCCCUACCGUUCUCCCAGGGCAGUCGCCGCCUUUCCAGGUGGUAGAUGAUCAACACCAUGGCGCCUGGAUUAUCAUCACCGUUGCAUUAUGCCUGGUUCUCUCGAUUGUCAGCUUCCUUAUUCGACUCUAUGUGCGGCUCGCCUUGAACCCGCCGUUUGGGAGCGAUGAUUGGGUUUUUCUGGGAGCAACAGCCAUUGCUGUCAUCCAAGCAUCGUUGGUGUUUGGCGCGUGCUCGGAAGGACUGGGCACGGCGAUCGUUCUGCUCAUGAACAAUCAGGUGGACAAAAUCCAGAGGCUCCUCGGAGUCAGCGAUAUCCUCUACCUCAUCACUCUGUAUACUACAAAAUGCUGCGUCGUGGGAAUCUAUCUACGUCUCACUCCGCAGAGACUACACAACCUCCUAUCCUGGGGUACACUGGCCCUGUGUACCUUAUGGGUGAUCCCUGCUAUUUUCAUUCUUACAAUCAAUUGCGGCUUCAAUCGUCCCUGGCAGGGAGGAGGGAAACAUUGUAAGGAUGAGAUAGCAAGGUGGCAGUUCAUUGUGGCCCUUGACAUCGCAACAGAGAUUAUUCUCUCCGGCCUCGCUGUCCUUCUUCUCGCCGGUCUCCAGAUGCCCUUGAAACGCAAGAUCACCAUCGCCUCUGCGUUCUUCUUCCGCCUCCCAAUGGUCGUCUUCGCCGUCCUCCACAUCCACUACCUCCAACGAGAUAUCCGCUCCGAAAACCCAACCCUCGACCUCGUCAACGCCAUCAUCUGGGCCCAAGUCGAACUCCACUUCUCCCUCAUAGCCUGCAGCGUCUUCUGCCUUCGGCCCUUCAUGGCCGCCGUGAGCACAAACUACGGUACAGCCGGCGACUCAACACUAGGAAGCAGCCUGGAUGCGUCGAAACAGAAAUCUGGGAAUUCGAAGUAUACCAACUCAAACUUGGCGUCAGGGUCUAGAGGGACAGGGAACAAGGCCGUCGCAUAUGGCGUGUUGGAGACAGAUUUCGGCGCGACGAAAAGGCCUAGGGCACAUGAUACAAAGGUUAUCGCGGAUGAUGAGAUCGAGUUGGUCGAGCAGCGGAGCGGAGCGAGUGCCGGAACCAUGGGUAGUGAUGAAAGUACCAAGAUGAUUAUUCGGAAGGAUGUCCAGUAUACCGUCGAGUAUGACGGAGGGGACACAAAUGGACACAAAUGGGAGUUCGCGGCCGGGCGAUGA